GUGCUUAUAGCAACUGUUGAAAAAUAUGAAAUGCAGAAAAAUUUUCAAAACCAAUUGGAAAAUGCAAUAGGUGAUGUGAAAAAAUUAUUAGAAAAUUUAGAAUACCAAGAAGACCGAAAAUAUCUUCGAAAAAUACCAGAAGUAUUAGAACGUCAAGAUGACAAAAAAUUUUUUCUAGAAUAUCUUGACAAAGUUGAUAAUCAACUUGACUUUUUUAAAGAUUUUGAUAAAAAAGCCUUGGAAAUCAGUUAUUAUUUUAAUCAUAUGAUCAAUUCGACAUUUGAGAUUCUUUCUGGUUUAGCUAACUUACAAACAAAAAUUUUUUCAUCAAUUGAGAGAUUGAAUAAUAUUGACUUAGAAAAUACUCAAGAUGAAAUUAACUUAUCAUUCGAUGAAACUAAUGAAGAUUUAUCUAAAUGGAUUAAUUAUUGUGCUGAGAUUACUAAACAUUUUAAAAAAUUUUAUAAAAAUCAUAGCAAUCUUAUUGAAAAUAUAAAAGAUA